GAUGAAUUGGAAAAGUAGGCCUUGGGGAGAGAAGUACGAAGCUGACUUGAGAACGCGUUAUAGCCGCCCAGGAAUCAAUCCAAAACCAAAGACUUCCAAGUUCACGCCGUCUUCUACCCGUGCUACCUGUACUUUUCUUCUAUACAUAACCUCUACUUCUUCAUCACCAUUACCCUUCAGCUUCAUCAUCGAUCACCAGACUCACCACCAUCAUACACCAUAUCUUUCAAAGCUCAUACCUCCCAUGUACACCAUAACUCUACACAUCUCCUUCUUUCUCUAUCUCCUCUUCUCCAUCACCACUGCCGCCGCUGCCAUCAGCGACACAGCCAACGCGCCACCUUACAGUCCAAGCGACUACUUUCUCCUCAACUGUGGUUUAUCUUCUAGUUCUAACGAUGCCGACGGCCGAACCUGGGAGGGAGAUGCCCGCUCCAAAUUCUCGCCGUCAAACAUUUCAAUAACUUCUUUGGAAUAUAAAGCAUCCGAGCAAAAAACUUCUGUCAAUCAAGUCCCCUACAUGACUGCUCGGAUCUUUCGCUCUGAAUUCACCUACACCUUCCCCAUCACCGUCGGACCAAAAUUCAUUCGUCUCUAUUUCUACCCAGUUAAUUACUCUGACCUCGACAUAGCCAACUCUUUCUUCUCUGUCACCUCCGGCGGCUACACCCUCUUAAGCAACUUCAGUGCCUUUCUCACUGUCUCUGCCAUGAAACCCGCAGUUGCUUCCCUAAGAAAGGAAUUCAUCGUCAACGUUAGGAACAACCAGAAACUGAACAUAACCUUUUCGCCGUCUCCAAACUCUUACGCCUUCGUUAAUGGCAUUGAAGUCGUUUCAAUUCCGGAAAAUCUCUACAUUCGCGGCAGUGAUUAUCAAAUCCCACUAGUCCCGAACCAAAUAUCAUUCAAUAUUGAUAACACCUCUGCUCUUGAGACUCUCUAUCGAUUAAAUGUUGGCGGUAAUGAGGUCUCAAUAACCGAUGAUACCGGAAUGUUUCGUUUAUGGCUUUCGGACGAUGCUUACACCUACGCAGCUUAUGGGUUUACACCUCACAGGGAAGUCCCAAUCCAGUAUACAAAGGACACACCACCUUACACUGCACCGAAGAUCGUUUACACAACCACAAGGACCAUGGGCAACCAAAGUCUAACAUACAAUCUGACAUGGAGAUUUCCUGUUGAUUCUGGGUUUUAUUAUCUUCUCAGACUCCAUUUCUGCGAGAUUCAAUUGGAGGUGACCUUGGAGAACCAAAGGGUUUUUAUAAUAUACAUCAACAAUCAAACGGCACAGAGAGGAGCAGAUGUUAUCCAGUGGAGUGGUGGCACUGGAAUCCCGGUGUUCAAAGACUACGUCAUCAUGGUCACCGACCCAGAUGGUCGCCGGAGCAAGCAAGACUUGUGGCUCGCUAUGUACCCUGAGCUCGACUUUAAACCUCAGUACGCUGAUGCUAUAUUGAAUGGUUUAGAAAUCUUCAAAUUGAGUGGAACAGACGACAGUCUCGCCGGGGCAAACCCUGAACUUGUACUCAGUCCACCGCCAGGACCAUUCCCAUUGUCACCGCAGAAGAAGAACAAUAAAAAAACAUCUACUUUGCCGGUUAUUAUCGGUAGCGUAGUCGGAGGAGGGUCUGUUCUGGUCUUUAUCUUAGGUUUCUUGAUUGUCCGACGACGGAGGAGAGUGAAAGACUUGGGCUCAACACAGCCCAAGUCGUCGUGGGUCCCCUUAUCUGACGGUUCAAAGUCCACAAAAACCAGCGGUUCAUCACUACCGUCUGAUCUAUGUAGACGCUUUUCACUUGAGGAGAUCACAUCAGCUACAUGCAACUUCGAUGACAAUUUUGUCAUCGGGGCAGGGGGAUUUGGUAACGUGUAUAAGGGCCACAUCGACAACGGUGCAACCACUGUUGCGAUCAAACGAUUGAACCCAUCAUCAAAUCAAGGGAUCCGCGAGUUCCAAACAGAGAUCGGUAUGCUAUCAAAGUUACGCCACCUCCAUUUGGUGUCGUUGAUCGGUUAUUGCAAUGACAACCGUGAGAUGAUUUUGGUGUAUGAUUAUAUGGCCCAUGGAACCCUUCGUGAUCAUCUUUACAAAUCGAAGAAACAACACCUUCCGUGGAAGCAACGCCUUCAGAUUUGCAUUGGUGCAGCAAGGGGACUGCAUUAUCUCCACACAGGUGCAACACGCACAAUCAUUCACCGUGAUGUGAAAUCCACCAACAUUUUAUUGGAUGAGAAAUGGGUAGCUAAGGUCUCUGAUUUCGGGUUAUCCAAAUUGGGUCCCAAGGAUGUGGGUCAUAGCCAUGUCAGUACAGUGGUGAAGGGUAGUUUCGGACCAGCUGUAAUUCCAAAAUUUCCCAAGGAGCACAUGAGUUUGGCUGAGUGGGCCCGAAAUUCUUAUAGAAAAGGGACCCUUGAUCGGAUUAUUGAUACUAAUCUAAAGGGUGAGAUUGCGCCAGAGUGUUUGAGGAAACCAGCUAUAAUUCCAAAUUUUCCCAAGGAGCAAGUGAGUUUGGCUGAGUGGGCCCGAAAUUCUUAUAGAAAAGGGACCCUUGAUCGGAUUAUUGAUACUAAUCUAAAGGGUGAGAUUGCGCCAGAGUGUUUGAGGAAGUUUGGCGAAGUAGGUGAAAGUUGCUUGCGUGAUAAUGGGAUCGAUCGUCCAGGAAUGAAUGAUGUUGUGUGGGGCCUUGAAUUUGCUCUGCAACUUCAAGAGGCUGCUGAGAAGAUGGCUCACGGUGGUGGUUGGUUGCUCCCGGCGGCGUUGGCCAGUCCCUCUGUUCCUCUUCUACAUGGAGAGGCAACGACCACCGAUGAUGAUGAAGUAUUUACUGCGUCAGUCGAAAACAUGUCAAGAUCAACGGUCAGCAGUGAGAGAUUGAAGUCGGAGACUGUGUUCUCCGAGAUCUUGAAUCCCGUUGGACGUUGA